GACCAAUGAAAUUUUGUCAAUGUCUUCAGCUCGGCACAGCCAGAAGUCUCUAUGGGAGCAGGGCAAGAAAUAGUUUGGGACAUCCUAUUUAAGUUUGCUUAGCAAUACACAAUGGUGUGGGGCGUCUGCUUGUUUAAAAAAAUACAAAUGCCCCACGAAGCCUUUUUUGUUUCCGUAACUCUUUCGAGCUAGACCUCCCGACCGCUUCUGCCGCUUCCUCCGAGGUUCCCAAGUGCGCAUGUCAACAGAACGCCAUCUUUGAAGUGAGUUCCUUCGCAAGGGCGUCUUUUUGGGCGAGAUCGAGGCUCAAACGUCGAGUGCUCGCAAGGAAAAAGAAAACACGCGUGCAUUCUUUCCCUUCUGCAUUGCUUCAAAUAUGCUGAGUGAUGUAACUGCGCCAGGCGCAUGGGGGUUCCCUCAGGGAGCCGGGAGAGGGGGCCGCUAGUGUCUCGCCAGCCCCCGAGGUAGCGGGGCAGGUCCCCGCCGGGGGGCACAGCGUCGGCGAGAUGCCGUCCUUCACGCGGCUGGGGAACCUCAAGGACCCCGAGCUGGCCGAGCUCUUUGACCGCGAGGACCCCGAAAAGAUCUUCGUCGACCUCCGAGAGAUCGGCCAUGGAAGCUUCGGGGCCGUCUACUACGCCCGUAACCUCACGUCCAAAGAAGUUGUGGCCAUAAAGAAAAUGUCCUUUACGGGCAAGCAGUCAACAGAGAAAUGGCAAGACAUCGUCAAAGAAGUGAAGUUCCUGCGUCAGUUGAAGCACAAGAACACUAUAGACUACAAGGGCUGUUACCUUAAGGAGCACACUGCCUGGCUGGUCAUGGAGUACUGUUUGGGGUCGGCAUCCGACAUCAUUGAAGUGCACAAGAAACCCCUGCGUGAGGACGAGAUCUCGGCCAUCUGCAAGGACGGGCUGCAGGGCCUGGAGUACCUGCACUCCCUGGGGAGGAUCCACAGGGACGUCAAGGCUGGCAACAUCCUGCUCACGGAGAACGGCACCGUCAAGCUGGCGGACUUUGGGUCAGCGUCGAUGAUCUGCCCGGCCAACUCGUUUGUGGGCACCCCGUACUGGAUGGCCCCCGAGGUGAUCCUGGCCAUGGACGAGGGCCAGUACGACGGCAAGGUGGACGUCUGGUCCCUGGGCAUUACCUGCAUCGAGCUGGGUGAGCGCAAGCCUCCCUACUUCAACAUGAACGCCAUGAGUGCCUUGUACCACAUCGCCCAGAACGACUCACCCGUGCUCGGCGGAGGAGAAUGGUCGGAAGUUUUCAGGCACUUCGUCAACUCGUGCCUGCAAAAGAACCCCGUGGAUCGGCCUACGGCAGUGGACCUGUUACAGCAUCCAUUCAUGACCCGUCCGCGGUCGGGCAAGGUCAUCCUGGAUCUGAUCCAGCGGACCAAGGCGGCAGUUCGGGAGCUGGACAACCUCAACUACCGCAAGAUGAAGAAGAUCCUCAUGGUGGACUCUCAGGAGAACGAGGCCAACACGGUGGAGGUGGAGGACGACUCCACGGAGGACGACCAGGGAAGCUGCGGUGGCGGCAACGGCGGCAAUGGCGGUGGCAACGGCGGGGAGGGCAGCAAAAGCGGCAGCCUGCGCUCGAACCAGAGUCAGCAGAGCAGCAGCAACGUGAGCGCGGGUAGCCACAGCAGCAGCACCAGCAGCCUGCCCCCCGCCUCGGAGAUGGAUUCCUACCCGCCCUCCUCCUUCAGGCACCCUAGGGACAGCAAUUCUUCGUCGACGAGCCUGAACAGCACGGACGCCGGGGCGACCAACAACUUUGCGACGAUCCGGACAACGUCGAUAGUGACGCGUCAGAUGAAGGAACAUGAGCAAGAAAACCAGAUGCACGAGCAGAUGUCAGGCUACAAGCGCAUGCGUCGGCAACACCAGAAGGCACUGGUCCAGAUGGAGGCAAGGUGUCUGCAGGAGAUGGAGGACCACAAACAGAAGCUGGAUAAGGAGUAUGAGUCCUUGCUGCAGCAGUUUAGCAAGGAGCUGGAGAAACUGCAGCUGAAGCACCAGCAGGACCUGGAGAAGAAGCUCAAGCACAACCUGGCUGGGGAGAAGCGCCUGGGCCGCACCAUUGGCCAGCAGCAGGAGGAGGAGACAAAGCGGUUCAGCCAGCAGCAGAAGGCCGAGUACAAGUACCUAAAGGACAAGCUGAAGCGGGACCUGGGCCCCCGGGAGGAGAGUCUGAGGGGCCACAAGGAGGAGCUGCAGGCCCAGCAGGCCGAGGCCCUGGCCCGGGUCCAGCGCCACCAGGGGGACUACCUGCGCCUCGAGGUGCGCAAGUACCGGCGCCGCCGGCUGCUCCAGUACCACCGGCUGGAGCAGGACCUGCUGCGGGAGGAGCUGAACAAGCGGCAGGGCCAGCUGGAGGAGGCGCACUCUAUGCUGCUGCGGCACCACGAGACCACCCAGGAGCUGGAGUACCGGCAGCAGCGCGGGGUGCACCAGCUGCGCGAGGAGCAGGUGCGCAAGCAGCACCAGACGGAGCUGGCCAACCAGCACGAGUACUGCGGGCGGCGGGAGCGGGAGCUGCACAAGCGGCACGCCCAGGAGGUGAAGCAGCAGCCCAAGAGCCUGAAGCACAAGGAGCUGCAGAUCCGCAAGCAGUUCCGGGAAACGUGCAAGAUCCAGACACGGCAGUACAAGGCCUGGAAGAGCCAGGUGCUGGCCUCCACGCCCAGGGAGGACCAGAAGGCAGUCAUCAAGAAGCUCAAGGAGGAGCAGAUACGCAAGCUGGCCAUCCUGGGCGAGCAGUACGAGCAGAGCAUCGCCGAGAUGCUCCAAAAGCAGUCGAUCCGCCUGGACGAGUCCCAGGACACGGAGGUGCGCCAGCUGAAGGAGCAGCUACAGCAGGAGUUGGAGCUCCUGAUAGCGUUCCAGUCGAAGAUCCGCAUGCAGGCCGAGGCACAGCGCAACAGGGAGCGCCACGAGCUGCAGGAGCGCGUCUCCGUGCGCAGGGCCCUGCUCGAGCAGAAGAUGGACCUGGAGAAGCAGCAGUUCCAGGAGGAGCGUGCCGAGCGGCAGCGGCUGCUGUGCGAGCGGCAGGCACGCGAGAUCGAGGCCUUUGACGAGGAGAGCGCCCGCAUGGGCUUCAACCCGCUCGAGAUCGCAGAGGCGUCCCGGGAGCCCCUGUCGGACGGAGACAGCCUGGCGGGCAGCACCCUCAGCCUCGCCCACAGCAACAGCGCCAGCUCCUUCACCCACACGGCCCUCUAGCCCCCCGAGAAGUGCUCCCCCUCCUCCCCCCGAGCCACCCUCCCCCCCCUGUAGAGGAGUAGUACCGCGUCUAGGACGAAACGGACAAUGGAACGAAUCGAAGGUCGCAUUUUUGUCGACGGUCAGCGGGAUUCGCGUAGCGGUGCCCAGUUUUGGGAGGACGGCGGCCAGCGCUACGUCGAGUCCGUCGCGAUAAAAGAGGCACAACCUCGCGGUCAGACGCGACGAAUAAUUGCGCGCGAGGUCGCCCGGCCACCGCGUCCGUUUGGUUGCGCUGCGGCGUUCGCCGAAGCCCGCCAAGUCUAGUUUCACGGCUCGGCAAGAAAGCUUGUUCAGUUUGCGACUGUCUUUGGCGAGGGGCACGUUUUUGUUCGGCAGGUUCGAAGUGUCGCCCAUCUGCGCUGGUGCCAUCUGAAAGAGGCGUGCACGUCCGUCGUUUGCUGUCCAUCAGUUUCGCGUUCGGAGAGAGGAGAGAAAUAAUUUACACUUUGGUCGGACGCCUCCCUUCGUUUUGAGACUUGUCGGGCGACUUUUGUCCUCGACUCUCGGUCCGACCCUCCUUUUGUUCUGUCCGCAUCUACAGAAAAAGCUUUAACAGAAUUUUUUUUUUUUUUUUUUUUUUUUUUUUUUUUUUUUUUUUGCCCUUGGUGCAGUAGCGACGCAUUCGAGGGCAUUAAUAGCUGUAACCAUACGGGUAUACCGGAAUUUGACUUCUAGUGGGGCUCUUGACGGGGCCAGCACUUGCACUUGUUCGCAUAGUUUUUUCUCAUCGUAUUUGGAGUAAGACAAAUUUUUUCCUCCGCCCUACGAUUUCCGAAACUAGCGUGUCGUCCCGCUUCUGAUGCGGAGUUAAAAACUAAAAUGUGCAAAGAAAGGGCAGAGAUGUCUAGGGUGCGGCUCCCACGACCACCCGGGGGCAGUCAGACGGGCGAAAGUCGCGGCAACGUUUCAGGCCGAAGUCAUAACGCGUGCGACUGCGCUGAGCAGUCCGUUUUCCCAUCCGUGGCGCAUCCCUUCCCCUGCCUUCCUUCCGCUACGCGAGCCGUGGUCGCGGCUGACGGGGUGUCGACCCGGCCCAAUGGUCAGUCUUUGAGGGGGACGUCUUCUGUUUCGGCGUGCGGCGACGAAUGGCGGUCGUCGUUUCGGAGCACGCGCAGCCAGCGUACGGACAAGCUCGUAGUGCCAUGGUGUCUGUCCCCCGCCACUCGUUUCGUCGGGGCAACGAACUCGUGAGUGACGGCGGCCACCGACGACGUGUUAGAAUUGUUGCUCGCGUGUUCCGUUUUUUGGAUCUUGUUGGACGUGCGUGUGUGGCCAGCCCGGCGGUGCUGCCGAUUAUGACCAAAGUGAACAUUUGUUUCUCGUUCUUUUUUCACGGGAGCGACUGGAAAAAAUUGGAAAGCCCUUUUCGGUUUUGACCAGCAGGUUUGUAGUGUGCCCUUCAGGGGCUGUCCUCUUGCCUAAGCCACUAAUUUUUUUUAUUUAUUUUUUUAUAUAGGCUGUGUGACUUUUUUCUUUUCAGUUUCUUUUUCUAUUUUAACUUCUAAAAGAGAGUGAGAGAAAGAAGCUUGUAAGUUUUGUGGUGCGACACGCAAACUGGUGUCCCUUUUUGGGUCUGCGCCUAAUAUGUGUCCUACAAACAUUUUAACUCAACUGUAGUCGGCUCUUUUUUUUUUUUUUUCCCCCCCGUUUUUGGUUUUUUUGCGCAGCCAGAAUUUGAUUACAGGCUGACCCUACUAAUAAGCCAUCUUGUUUUGGCUUUAUGCACCUGACAUCUUUCGGGAAAAAGAUGCGUUUUUUUCUUGUUCUGUUCGUGGCACAGGCCUUGUCUUUGUUUUGGAAAGUAGUAAGGAACCUUGCUGUUGCCGUAAGUGAUUGAUCAAGGUAGUUUUAACGCACACAACAGUGACUGCUCAUACUGAAUUUGGAAAGGGUCCCAAAAUGUGGCCUUCGUUUCAACCAUGGAGGAAGAAGGAAGAGGUUCUUUCGUCUGCUGGUCGAACGAAAAAGGGGUUCCGAUUAGUUCUUGCCUCGUGAGAUCGGCACCCGAUCGUUCACAUCCGAACGAAUGGCGGAAAUCCGAGGUGCGUUCUGGAAUCGUGGGCAGACAGCCGAGAAGCAGAAAAGUCGACUCUCUCGGAGGGGUCGUAGGAGCACCCGGGUCGAAGCAGAAAACGGAACCAUACUUUUUGCGUCCCGUUAACCGUCGCCCCGACGAUUUGCACCCUGGAAUAAUGUACAUUAGAGAGGAAUGUGUCGUUUCUAAAGAAAUCAACGUUGAACCGACAAUUUUUUUACAGUUUUUUCCAAAGGACACUGCACUAAACAAAAAUAGGGGUUGGGAAAGGGCUGUCCCUUCUGUUACGUUGACCACAUAAAAUAACUUUUUUUUUUUAAUUUUUGCGUGCUACUACCACUUUGACCCCACCCAACAGUUUCCCUUUGAUGUAAAUAGCGCUGUAUAAAAAUACAAACAUCAGCUGGGUUGUAUAGACAAGGUCACAUGCACCUUUGCCAGUGAACGAGCGAAUAAAUGAUUUCGGAAGAAAAAA